AUGCCUUGUUCACCAUUGCCUAUUUCAUUGGAAAUCGGAUUAACUUUCGGAUGUAUCUUGCAGAUCUCAGUGUAUCAAACCGUCGACACUGGCCAUGAGGACAUUAUCCAUGAUGCUCAAAUGAACUACCAUGGAACAACUCUAGCAACCUGUUCCUCUGACGAAGUUAUAAAGCUCUUUGAUGUGAAGGACAAGAAGCAGAAACUUAUCGUCGAGCUCAGAGGGCAUCAAGGGCCGGUCUGGGGUUUGAGUUGGUCUCAUCCAAUUCAUGGUAAUCUGCUGGCCUCUUGUAGCUACGAUCGCAGCGUUAUUGUAUGGGCGGAACAUGAAGGAAAGUGGGUAAAGUUCUACGAGUACAAAGACCAUAAGAGUUCAGUCAAUGCUGUGGCCUGGGCUCCCCACGAAUAUGGGCUUGUUUUAGCCUGUGGAAGUUCAGAUGGCAUAAUUUCGAUCCUGACGUACACUUCAGCUUGCACUUGGGACGCCGUCAAGAUACCCGACGCUCAUACGUCUGGUGUGAACGCCAUCUCGUGGGCACCAGCUGUCAACGCAGACUUUAUGUUGAACCCUUCGCUGAGUCAAACGGCUUCUGGUCUCCUUAAACGCAUUGUUUCCGGAGGUUGUGACUGUCUCGUCAAGAUUUGGCGGGAGGAUCCGAGCACUGGGGGUUGGGUUAAGGAGGCUCAACUCGAAGGUGGUCACACCGAAUGGGUGCGCGAUGUCGCUUGGUGCCCCUCUCUUUCUCUCGCCCGUCAGCAGAUUGCUAGUUGUGGACAGGAUGGCUGUGUCAUCGUCUGGCAGAGUCUGCGACGCCGUCCUGACUCUUACAUCAACGCCACGGGUCUUCUUGGUGGUGAUGGCGGUGGUGGCGGUGGGGAAGAUACGGCAGAGGGAGUCUGGAAGCCUGUGGUGCUGGCCACUUACCCUGAUGUGGUGUGGCAUGUGUCCUGGUCCCUCACGGGCAAUAUUCUUGCCGUGUCUGGGGGGGACAAUAAGGUCAGCUACCACACAUACUUCCUUAUUAGUACUUUUUUCAGCUCAGUCCUUUGUUCAUUGUUGGUGGUUAUUAUUUGA